UAUUACGACGCAACUGUUGCGUGUCACUUAUGACUUCUAUGGAAUGUAUCGUUUCGUGAAGACUCACGAGCUGACCAGGCCCAUCGACUUUUUGUUCCUGAGUUCCUUCGCCCUACUUACAUCCAUUUCAGUGGCGAUUCUCGCCAUAGGAUCGAACAUUUGUGGUUCUGUGUCAAACGAGGCUAACAAAACUGGAAACGUUCUCCACUCGAUCCUAAAUAACUCUGACAAUUUUUUCGACACCCGAGAAGCUGCGAAAUUGAGAGUCUUUUCCUUGGACCUGCUACAAAACAAAACACGGAUAUCGGUAUUCGGCUUGUUUUAUCUCGACGAAUUUUUCAUCUACCAGCAAAGGCAGCCACGUACCUUGUGAUAAUGCUUCAGUUUUAUAGUUGACUUGCUGCAUUAUUUUCGAAUGCAACGAUCGAGAAUGCAUCACCCCCUUGGUCCACUGACAGCAGAAUAAAUUGAGAGAUGAAAUGAUCGAGGGACAACGUUCCUCUGAGGUUGCCAAAAAAUCGUUGUCUUGAUUACUGCUCGUCGCGAGUCAACAGUGAAACAAUUGGAUUGAGAAAGGCGACUCAAUGGUAUAAUGGAGUGCUCAUAAAAGACCAAAGUCCAUUAAAGUAAUGGAAAAAGUAGAGAGCGCUGGAGCGAAAGUACAAGUUCCAGUCAGUUUAGUUAAAACAGUCAGUUUAGUAGCAACCCCGAUCAUCAGUCACGAAGAAAUGUCAAAUUAUCACACCAGCAAACACAAACGGUCACGUAUUUUUUUCGCUUUAUAUUAUUGGGGCAAAUUAAUGGGUAUAAAUAUAUUCACGCUGACGACAAGCAACGACGUCGAGUACUCGUAUUGCAGUGUCUUCUACGUUUUAAACCUGAUCGUGUGCCAUACGUAUUUAUUUUAUCACUCGUGGAAGGAAAGAUUGAAUUUCUUGAUGCCCGGUGAAACUCCGGUCUCCGUCAUCGUGGACUUUGGAGGAAUAAGCAGCAUGUACCUCGAAGCCGUGACUGCCUGGUUGACAAAUUGUUGCUUCAAGAACCGCCUCUCAUCGAUAAUAAAAGCUUUCGUACAGGCCGAAAGCACUUCACAAAAGCUUAACUUGCCAGAAAAUUACGAGAAAUACUUCAAAAAACUUAUCAUUUAUCUCGUUUUUUCAAAUACAAUAUUUGUCUCAAUAACUGUCUUUGUUCAUGUGACGUUAACAUACUUUUCGAAUUAUGAAUCGGGUCAAUGGAUAUUGUUCAAUUUACCUCGUGCCGUAUCGAUUUACUACAUGACUCUAUUCAUUUGGGCUCUUUUUAUAGUGAAACAAAAAUUUCGUCGUUUGAAUAAACAACUAUGUACAUUGAUGCAAAGCCAUUGCAUCGAAUCGUCGGAGAAUGUUUAUCAGAGGCCACUGAUCAGAGAGCCCACGAAUAAUUCAAGGCGUGAUUCAACAGCACUUUCAGAUAAAAUCAGCUUAAUUUCUCAAUCCCAUCGUGAACUGAGAGACUUGAUUAAUCGUAUCGUGGAUCAUCUCGCUUUGCUCAUUGUCUUUCAAAUAACAACGCAAUUGACUUUUUUAACUUUCGACGUCUACGCGAUAUAUCGUUAUGUAAAGACACACGAGCUGACGAGACUGGUCGAUUUUUUAUUUGUUAUUGCUUUUGGAGUCGGAAUAUCCAUUCCUGUGACACUUCUCACCAUAGGAUCCAACGUUUGUGGCUCUACAUUGUACGAGGCCAAUAACACUGGAAAUAUUCUCCACUCUGUGUACAACAACUCGGACAAUUAUUUCGAUACCCGAGAAGCAGCGAGAUUGAAUACACUGUCCUUGGACCUUCUGGAGAAUAAGGCGCGGAUGUCGAUAUUAGGUUUCUUCGAUCUUGACCAUUUUUUCAUGUACCAAGUGAUAGCAACGUCAACCACGUAUCUUGUCAUAAUGCUACAAUUUUAUAGUUAAUUGACUUCCACCUCUUUUCAACAACGCACAGUAAUGUACUCUCUC